AUGUCUUUCUUUGGCUUUGACCCCAGCGGCCCGAGAGACCGCGGCCACGCCUCCAAUGCGCCCGGGUUUGGCCAGCACGACGCCUUCGCCGCACUGGGUGGAGGGGCAGCCGAUGACGAUGUCAUCGACUUCGAGGAGACGUACGACGGCCUAGGCGACCAGCUCGACGACGAUGCCGAUGACCUCAACGACGACACCUUCGGCGGCGGCCCUGCCACGCAGCAGUCGGUCGGAAAACACUUCGACUUCGCCGGCCAGACCUCUGCGGUAUCAAACACGCUGCAGGAGGAGCAGAUGCUGUACCAGGCCCGUCAGAAGUACCCCCAGCAGCAGCAGCAGCAGCAGCAACAGCACCAUCAGCAGCAAUACCAGCAACAGCAAACCCAACAGUACCAGCAGAGGCCACCCGUCCCCCAGGCGUCGAAGCCAAACCGCACUGGCUACGAGAGCUACAAGGAUCCCGAGUACAUCCCUCAGCUGGAGGCGCGCGCCGACAUCUGGGGUCUCAAGCCCAAGCAGCCCGCUGCGCAGAGACAGCCUUCGCCGCAGCCCCCUGCCGCUUCGCAACAGCCCGCGCCCACCAGAAAGGCCAUGAGCAUGGAAGAGGUCGAGGCCAUGAUGCGCGCUCAGUCAAUAGGUACCCCUCCAGUGCAACAAGCCCCGCCUCCAGGCUUUCCAGGAUUUGCGCAACAACAGCAAUUCGCCCAGCAGCAGCAGCAGCAGUUUCCCCAUGGACAGCCCCAGUACCCCGGCAUGCCAGGACAGUUCGUGCCCCAGAUUCUGCAAAGGCCUCAACAGCAGCAGCCCGCUCAACAAAUGCCGCCUAGACAGCAACAGCAGCAGGUCCGCGCUGAGCUCCCCGACCAACCCGUCCGAUCCCAGCCGCCCCAACAGCCCACCAUCCUACAGCGACAAAGGCCCCAAUCCAACGAGCCCGGCGCUCAGCAGCAGCGCCAAGCAACACCCCAGGCUCAGGCUCAGGGUACACCCACCCAGCCUCGACAGAUCUUGCAAAACCCAAACCGUCUGUCAGGACAAGGCCAGCCUAUUGUUCAGAAUGCUCCCCAGGGUCCUCGUGGUGUUCCAGCAGGACACAACCGCGGUCCGUCGUUCCCAGGAAUGGUCAUCACCCACCCCGAGCAGCUUCUUCAGCUAUCUGAGGCCGAGCGUGCCGCCUUCCUCGAAGAAGAUGCUAAGCGGGCCAAGCGGAACCACAAAAUUGCUCUCCUAGCAAAAGACAACGGCCUGAUGACGCCACAGGACAAGAACUUCAUCACCCGAAUCCAGUUACAGCAACUGAUGACUGCGACGGGCAACUUGGAGGAGAGAGGACCUGAGGCAGCUAUUGCAGAAGACUUCUACUACCAGGUCUUCACCCAGAUUCGGGGUGCUCCACGCCAAAACCCACAGCAGCCAGCAAGCCAAUUUGCUCAAACAUACCUGUUCCAGACCAACAACAGGUUUGGCAACCGCAGACAAGGCCGAGGCGGAGACAACCACAUGCAGCGCAUGGAGCAACAGAUUCAGCGCGCAGUCGAGGCGGCCAAAGCAAGACCAAAGGCUAGGCAGCUUGUUGUGGAAGGUAGUCUUGGAAAGAUUGCGUUCAGCAACUCCAAGACCCCUCGACCACUGCUCAACCUGAAGCGGCCAGAGACAAACGAUAAGCUGCCGAAGAACCACCGGUCUUCCAUCGCUGACCGGAAGGAGGCUCUUCGCAACAUCGAGGCGGUGUACAAGACACUCAUGCAAAUGGAAGACCACGAGCGGGCAAUGCCACCGCCGAUCCAAGAGAGCAGCCCUCCUGAAGCCAUCCAGGCACACAUGGAAUGGCGUUCGAAGAUCGAAGCGCUCCAUCAGCAACUGUGGUUGAACACAAAGAUCAUGGAGCCCAUUAACCCUGCCACACCGCAUCCGUUCAUCUCCAUCCUUUCACACGCCAAGGGAAAGAAGGUACUUCCACGACUUUUUCGCCACAUCAACGAGCAGGAGCGCAUUACCGUCGUCACUAUGAUCGUUGUCCACCUAGAUGCCCUUUCCGUGGUCGGCCGUGCUAUCGCUACGCCCGAGGAGCCUUUGAGUGCAGCGAUCCGAGAAGAGGUUGACCUUUUCUCUAGCACUGUCAUGUCGCCUCUCCACGCGCACAUCUCCGAGGCGCCGUUGAACAUUGUCAUCGGCCUCCUUGGUCUUGUUCUGGACCGCACCAACCUCCACACUGUGGCUCGAAGCAGGAUUGGUCUCACUCUCCUCACGUUCCUCAUCUCUCGCGCCGAGCUUCUUAAGCAGUCAGCUCCCGAGAUGGUUACCGACUGGCAACAAUGGACGGCACUUUACAACCGUCUGUUUGACGUCAUCGAACCUGUUCUUCCUUAUUUGUUCCCAGGAACUAUCAACGACACCGACGACAUGUACAUCUGGCAGUUCCUGGCUGCAAUGGGUGUGGGCGCCAGUCCCGAGCAGCAACAGAGGUUGGUGCUCGGCGUCAAGGACCGCGUCAUGGAGACGGUAUCUGUUAGCAAGGCUUUGCCCGCUGAGAUGGCAAGCGCACGUACGGCCAACGUGAACCUCUUUAUGAGGGCCAUCGGUCUAGAUGUGGAACUGCUUGGAUGA